UUGCUCGGGGGGUGCUGGGGAGACGAGGGGCUCUCGUUCCCAGGGCCGCGAAAGCGUUUCUCAAAAUGGAGCCUCCACUUGCCCCUCCUUCUCUCUCAGCCUCCGAGCGAGCGAAGCCGGGCCGUCUGGGCCUCGCUUUCCAGACGCCUGGCUCCGUCUCCCUGGGUGUCUGGCUCUCAGGCCCAGCUUUAUGUCUCUUGAGGACCGGGGCCCCUUGCUGCUUGGGGCUCAGGGCCACAGGCUCUGCCUGUCUCCUUGUCGCCUGGCCCUUGGGGCCUCUGACUCUUUGUCUCCUGCCUUCUGGUUCCCUGUCUUUCUGUGAGUCUGUCUCUCUCCUUCCCCCACUUUUCACUUUCUCUGUGCUCACUGAAGUGGGGAAAUGCAGACAGGUGCCAGCCUCGGUUGCCCCCUAGUUCCCCUGCCCUCUGUUUUCCCGUGGUCUGGAGUGGUCUGGAGAGGGCAGAGGAGGGGCUUGUUCCAUCUGCUUUGCCCAGGGUGGCCCUUGUGGGAGGGCCCAGCCCCCACCGGGCAGAGGAGCCUCUGGUUGCUCCCUCCACUGGGUGUGUGGUGCCCCCCAGCUCCCAGCUCCUCACUCUCCAGACACCUUCUCUGUCCUCUGUGUCUUCUGACUUGGAUGGGGAGGAGAAGGGCUGGACUUAAUGGAACGAAGCAGAAAGAAAGGGAGCAGAUCAAGCAACAGAGUCAAAUAAUGGGUGUCUCCUCUCUGCCCACACUCCAGUGACAAAAACCAGGCUCCGCUUACCUGGUUGUCCCUGCAUGCCACCCAGGCCCCCACCCGCUCCCACACAUGCUCCUGUUCACACACAUGCUUCUUCUGCACACUCGAUUUCCUAUUCACACACUUGUGUGACAGACACACUUGACUACACAUAAACUCAUGUAUAUUAGAAUGUGCUUCUAUCCAAACAUUCUUCCCUAUAAUCACUCAUACACCACAAAUCCACUUGUUAUAUGCUUUUAUAAUUUUAAAAUACCCCCAAGAGUCAUCCGUAUUUACACACAUUUAAGUUACACGUGCCUGAGUUCACACAUACAUAUGUAGGAAUGGACCAAAACACCUAUCCAAGCGUACGUGUAUGUGUACUCACAUUCCUUCAAGGUGUUUUCACACACAUUUUUGUUUGCACACUGCUCAUUUUCUUGCUCUAUGCACACAAACUCACACAAAUAAGUAAAUGCAUACACUCCUCCUCCCACGUAAUUCUCCAUCCACUUCUUGGUCCCUGCCCCGCAUGAUGACUUCAGCAGAUUCCUGAGUUUUGGUCUGGCUCAGGAGUAGGGAGCAAGUUCGGAUAGAGAUUGCUGUCCCCUUCCAGGAAGAAGCCGGGCCUGGGGAGGUGGAGCCCUCCUCCCUGGCUCUGCUCCCGAAGUGAGAUCGCAGCAGCUGCCAGAGGUUCCCCUGGAGGCCCUUGGCCAGGCCUGAGCCUCUGCCACCAUGGCCAUUGUGCAGACCCUCCCAGUGCCACUGGAACCCACUCCUGAGGCCACCACUGCCCCACAAGCUCCAGCCAUGGGCAGCGUGAGCAGCCUCAUCUCCGGUCGCCCCUGCCCUGGGGGACCGGCUCCUCCCCGCCACCACGGCCCCCCUGGGCCCACCUUCUUCCGCCAGCAAGAUGGACUGCUGAGGGGUGGCUAUGAGGCACAGGAGCUUCUGUGCCCAGCUGUGCCCCCCAGGAAGACCGUCCCCGGCACCAGCUUCACCUAUAUCAACGAGGACUUCCGGCCGGAGUCACCCCCCAGUCCAAGCAGUGACAUUGAGGAUGCCCGAGAGCAGCGGGCACGCAAUGCCCAUCUCCGUGGCCCCCCGCCAAAGCUCAUCCCUGUCUCUGGAAAGCUGGAGAAGAACAUGGAGAAAAUCCUGAUCCGCCCAACAGCCUUCAAGCCAGUGCUGCCCAAACCUCGAGGGGCGCCAUCCCUACCUAGCUUCCUGGGUCCUCGGGCCGCCGGACUGUCUGGGAGCCAGGGUAGUCUAACACAGCUGUUUGGGGGCCCGGCCUCCUCCUCCUCUUCCUCCUCCUCCUCGGCUGCCGACAAACCCCUGGCACUGAGUGGCUGGGUCAGCGGCUGCCCAUCGGGGACACUGUCCGACUCAGGUCGAAACUCACUGUCCAGCCUGCCCACUUACAGCACCGGGGGUGCCGAACCAGCCACCAGUUCCCCAGGUGGGCACCUGCCCUCCCAUGGCCCUGGGCGGGGGGCACUGCCUGGGCCAGCCCGAGGGGCUCCCACUGGGCCCUCCCACUCGGACAGUGGCCGAUCUUCCUCCAGCAAAAGCACAGGCUCCCUGGGGGGCCGUGUGGCUGGGGGGCUCUUAGGCAGCGGUCACCGGGCCUCCCCUGACAGCAGCUCCUGUGGGGAGCGCUCCCCACCCCCACCCCCACCCCCUCCGCCCCCAUCGGACGAGGCCCUGCUGCACUGUGUCCUGGAAGGAAAGCUCCGUGACCGGGAGGCAGAGCUGCAGCAGCUACGGGACAGUCUGGACGAGAGCGAGGUGACCAUGUGCCAGGUAUACGACGAUCGGCAGCGGCACUGGCAGCGAGAGCGCGAGGCUCUGCGUGAGGAUGGCGUGGCGCAGUCACAGCGGGCACAGCGAGCCCAGCAGCUGCUGCAACUGCAGGUUUUCCAGCUGCAGCAGGAGAAGCGGCAGCUGCAGGAUGACUUCGCACAGCUGCUGCAGGAACGGGAGCAGCUGGAGCGACGCUGUGCCACCUUCGAGCGGGAGCAGCGGGAGCUCGGGCCCCGGCUGGAGGAGACCAAGUGGGAGGUGUGCCAGAAGUCGGGCGAGAUCUCCCUGCUGAAGCAGCAACUGAAGGAGUCUCAGGCAGAGCUGGUGCAGAAGGGCAGUGAGCUGGUGGCCCUGCGGGUGGCCCUGCGGGAGUCCCGGGCAGCACUACGUGUCAGCGAGGGCCGGGCACGUGGCCUGCAGGAAGCUGCCCGUGCCAGGGAGCUGGAGCUGGAGUCCUGUUCUCAGGAGCUGCAGCGGCACCGCCAGGAGGCUGAGCGACUGCGGGAGAAAGCUGGGCAGUUGGACACCGAGGCAGCCGGGCUCCGGGAACCUCCUGUGCCACCUGCCACCGCUGACCCGUUCCUCCUGGCAGAGAGUGACGAGGCCAAGGCGCAGCGGGCAGCAGCUGGGGUGGGGGGCAGCCUACGGGCCCAGGUGGAGCGGCUGCGCGCAGAGUUGCAGCGGGAGCGGCAGCGGGGCGAGGAGCAGAAGGACAGCUUCGAGGGAGAGCGGCUGGCCUGGCAGGCCGAAAAGGAGCAGGUGAUCCGCUACCAGAAGCAGCUGCAGCACAACUACAUCCAAAUGUACCGACGAAACCGACAGCUGGAGCAGGAGCUACAGCAGCUCAGCCUGGAGCUGGAGGCCCGGGAGCUUGCUGACCUGGGCUUGGCUGAGCCGACCCCCUGCAUCUGCCUGGAGGAGAUCACGGCCACUGAAAUUUAGGGACCUUCGCAUCCCAGCUCUGCAGGGAGCUCUACCGAAGGGGGGGCUAUCAUCUCAGUUCAUCAAGGGCCCCAAAACCAUGCAUCCCCUGGGCCUCUGCCAAUACCUUGGGGUUCCCCUAUGACUUGGGUGAACAAGAGCAGACCCCUUGAAGGCCCCUUAUUCACUGUCACUCAGAAGCUCCAACUUGCUCUGCCCAUGUCACUCCCCACUGCUGCCACUGUCAGCCGCACUCACCUCCAUGCUCACCAGCCCACCCUGUGAGGGCUGGGAAGAGGAUGUGGCUCAUCUCCACAUUCUCCCACCCUAAAGCCAGAGAGCCAGACAGCACCAGCUGUUCCAGAUGUGCCUGCCCCUACCCUGCCUGUGUUGGGGGACAGGGCUAAGACUGGGGUCUCUUCCCCAGUUCUCAGCUUGCAGCCUCUCCUGGAGUGAGGGGCUGUAGUCAGACCAAAGGAAGAACUCAGAAACGUCUUGUUUAUUUGUGUUUGUGACCAAGUAGCCCCUCCCCACACCCAGGUUUAUGGCCUCGUUUUCACUUGUAUAUUUCUCACACUGUAAAUUUCUUGUACAAACCCAAAGAAAAAAAUUUAAGAAAAUUUUUGUUUUUAAAAAAGGCUGAGUAUGCUGGAUAAAGAUGAUGGGAACUUGUUUGAACCCCACCCAUUCUUUAUUUGCUGGCUGUUCCCCUACCCUCAUAGAAGUCUUAGGGGGAGAAAGGAGGGGGGUGAGGACAAAUACAGCGAAAUGUCUGAGAUCCUAGUGGGCCACAAUAGGAAACUGUCUCUUAAGGUUCGAGAAAAUAGCAAAGUCUGUCCCUUGCAUCCAUGCUGCCCCUUGCACAGGGCACUGCUUGGGGCCAAGGGAAGGAGGCAGUGACCCCUUGAGGGCCCCAAGAGUCCACACCCCGUGGUGCCUGGGGGAUUUCAGGGCAUUGGGAGAAAGCACCCGCCACUCCUGAUCUCCAGACCAAGCUCCCCUUCCUGUCUUGGGAGCUUGGGGCAGUGAGCACAGGUGACAGACUGCCCAGAAGCACCUUGUCCUUGGACACCAAGUUUAUCUGGGCAGGGCAGAGCCUUAGUGACAACAGGGGAGAAAAGACAGUGGGAUGGUCUGCGCCACCUGUGUGGAACUUCUGGAAGGGGAGGUUCUGGAGUCUGAGGAUGCAGGGGAGGGACU